UGUUAUACGUCCAUGCCAUUUUCGCAUUAAAAGACCCAAGCCCAAGGGCAAUAUUUCUACAAAUAGCCCCAAUAGCCCUAGCCUUCUUCAAGAUGGUUGAAAACAACUGGAAGAAAUUGUGUCACGACAUUGAAAGUGGUACUAUCGACAAAGAUAUUGAAAUGCCGGAAGAGGUUCGUAUUGAACUGGAAGAACUUUUAACGCCCGAUGUCGUCAGGGCUGAUGAAUUACGGUCUAUUUUUAUUGAUAGCGUUAGAGAUAUGAUUCCUCGUGUUUGGCCAAACUGUACCAAGAUCACCACUCUAUCCAGUGCAUCUUAUGCUACACAAUCGAAUAUCAUCAAAAACGAAUAUGCUGGUAAUAUACCCAUUGUGUCUAAUAUACAUAUGGCAACUGAAGCAGUAUAUGGUAUUCAAGCCACGGAAUUUCGCACAUCAGACGACUUUGAAUAUGUUUUUGUUGUUAACAGCAACUUCUUUGAAUUUAUCCACUUUGAUAAAAUAAAUGAAGACCAACCUCCCACACAUCUUGCACAUGAGCUUGUGGUUGGUGAACGAUAUGAGAUAGUUGUAACGACUUGUGAAGGAUUAUAUCGUUAUAGAACACAGGAUAUUAUUAAAGUAACUGGUUAUCACGGUACCACAGCAAGAUACCGUCUUCUUCACAGAACUGGUGAUGUAUUAAACAUGAGAUCAGAGAAAGUACACGAAGAGAUGAUCUCAAGGGCCUUACACCACACAGUAACAACAUUUAACAUAGGUAGAAUCAUUGAUUACACAUCCACGGAAAAUAUUAAUAUAGAGCAGGUUCAAGACAAUGUAAGCGGUCAAUUAUAUUAUGUUAUAUUUGUGGAAUUAUGGAACGACGCCAUACUUCCAGAGGAGUUUAAAUACAAGAUUGAUGAAAUCUUAAUGGAACUUGUUGAUAUCUAUCGAUCCAAUAGAUUGAGUAAAAGCAUACAGAGUGCCCGAAUUUAUCAAGUUCAUGUUGGGACAUUCGAUAAACUUCGACAACUGAUAAUAGACACCAACUCUGAUGCAACUUUAUGUCAAUACAAAACUCCAAGAAUCACUAGAAAUUCGAAAUUACUUGGUUGUCUUCUAGACAACUUAGUUAAAUAAGAUGUCAUUUAUACGAUUUUAGUUUUGCGACACUGGGAACUGGAACUGGGUGGACGCGAUAAGUCUUCUAGUUCUAGCCAGUAGCAAUCUCUUUAAGUUUGUCGUAUGCUCUAGGGGAGAUCUCUAAGAUGGUGACAGGCUAGAUUUAUUGUCAAUAAAACAUAAACAAAGCCAAGAUGUGUCCCUCUUUAUCAUCUGCCAUAUGGACAAUAUGUGCAUGUCCAUCGUGCAUACAGUCCGAAGCUACAUCUACAUUUACGGUUUCAUAGGAUCUCUAAAAGAUAACAACAUUCUGGUAGAUUGUUUAUUGUUUUAAAAACAUUAUAUUCUUUACAUGUAUUUAUCUAUUGCGUGUAUCUUAUUUGUGUUUUAAACGAUUUAUUUAUAUAAGAUCGAUUUUUGGGGUUUUUAAACAUGU